GUGGCAUGCAUUUUCCAACGUUAACCAAUAUCAUGAAUGAACUUCAGGCUGAAUUUGAAGGAUACAAGUUUACCGUGUAUCGAUGUGCGGCGAAAUUCGUUAAAUUGCAGAAGAUUGUUUUUACCAAUAAUAUACCAUAUAAAUUGGUGCUGGCGGUUAUGGAUCGACAUGGAAUGCAUGAUGAUGUGAACUUAAUGGUGCCGCCGUUUCAGUUGACAUCCCUAAUACAUGACAUAUUCUUUGCUUGUGAAAAAUUAGGACAUUUUACAAAAGUGUCCGCAUAUUCCUUAGAGUCCGCCACAGCAGUUCUUUCAAAUUUCUUUUGGAAUAUAUUUGAUCCACACCGGCGACAUUCCAUUUCUUUACUUGAAAUAAAAAUCACAUUCUUACUACUAUGUAAACUUUACGCAUCCGAUCAAAUGGUCAUGGAGUUUUAUAGCCUAAUAAAACAUCGCAAAACAAAAUGUGUGGCCAAGCUUAAUUUUGAGUAUAUGUUAAAUAUUUUGGCUAAGAUAUUUUCAUAUCUUGGAGAAGGAGCAGCAUAUGGUUCACAAAAUAUAUCUAUGGUUUUGGAACAGUGUUAUUCUAGGUGUCACAACCUGUCGGGACUCACCGAUUAUCAAUUCCUUUGUCUAUGGACCACGACUCAAACACGAUUUCUAAUCUAUGCAAAUUUGAUUGCCCUCAUAAAGCGAAUCGAAGAUACGGAAAGACUUAUUCAUUUGAACACCUGUGCAUCGUGUGGUUUAGAAAAAAUAACAGGGAUUCGUUUCAAAUGUCAAACGUGUAAGGACUUAUCGCUGUGUUUAAAAUGCUUUGCAACUGGCUAUACAAAUCAUAAACAUGGCAUUGGCCAUCGCAUGUAUGAAGUUUUUACAGAAGAUAUACCACCGAAAAAGUUUUCAUACUACUUAUCAAAAUUGUGUACUGGCGUUUUUUGUACGACCAAAAAGGCUAGUGAGGAAAGCAAAGGUUUUGCCAAUGAAACAAUAACACAAAACGAUACUGAACUUGUAACAAUAGCGACAAACAGAUCGUCAAACGCAUCAACAAUAACGACAUCGGAGGAGAAGUCAAAAGUACAACAGAUUGAUCAGACAUCCAUAGCCUGUCUUACGACAACAGCAUCGACUGCUAUAAAUGUUUCCGAAAAAUUGCAAAUUAUAAUUGACAAACUUAUGAAUCAAAAUGAAAAAGUAGAAGAUCAACUUAAAUGUAUAGAUACAACAACACCAGAUGAAAUGUCUGUUUUCCUAAGAAAACAUCAACAAUUUCUAAAUGAUAUAAUAUCUGAAAUGAGGAACUUUUCUCAAACUUCUUCGGAUAGUGUGAAAACCUUUCCCACCUCUAGUACACCAAAUCGUUGGGGUUAUGCUGCCGCCAAAUCUCCCAAUAUGGAUAAUGUAAGCGCUGUUAUCAAUGUGCAAUCAAUAUGCGGCGUAAAUAAUCCUCCAAUUAGCUAUGUAUCUAAAGAUAACUUAACACAUUCCAUUAAUGGAGCAGACAUUAAUCGCACAUACCUAGAUGCAAACAAAUCCGAUUACUCAAUCAAUGAUUUAAGUUCAUGGUUUAACCAAAGGCGUUUUUCAUCACUUCCACCCAUUUCAUUGAAUUCGAAUCAACAACCUCUUUCUGUUCUGGCCGAAGUACCUUCACAAGACGAACUGAAUUAUUAUGGUGUCAAUGCACGUGAAACGGAAAUGGCUAACUUUAAACUUUUAUUAAACAAAGUCAAGGAAAUUGUUGAUGAUUCACACAGUGACAAUACGGAUUUAUCCGAAGCAACCCAGAACUUAGAGAAUGUAUUGGAAUCAAUAAUAAACACUGCGGAAUGUCGGCGAAUUAGUUUGAAUUAAAUUGUAA